AUUGUAAAGUCACUUGCACAAGCCACCUCAUGGCCUGAGGCUUACAGGGAAGCAAUGGAGAUCUCACUAUCCAGCAGCCACUGGUGUGCCAUGGAGAUCAAUAAACAAUGCCCAGCUGCAUUAUUGUAUUUAGUGUCUGUUAUUUCUGUCCUUCCUUUUUCUUUGUAGCAUUAGCAUGUGUAUCCACUCAUGCCAGCUCAUGUUUGCAAUGCUUCCUAGUUGAUCCAGUGGUGUUCUCCAUCCCUUACUCCAGCUCUACUUUCUCUUAUUAUCUUCCAAGUCCUUUCUUUCUCUGCCAUUACAGCCAUUAUACCCAAUCUUGCCUCCAUGGCCUCUGAAGCUUCUGUGACAGAUCAGACUGUUAAGGAGCACAUGGGGACUAAUGUCUCUGAUAACAUAAAUAAUGCUGAUGAGGCUCUUCUCUCAAAGAUUGAAGAUCUAAAAGGAAAAGAUGAAGAGGAAAUAUCCAAAGGAAAAGAUGAGGAAAAAGUUGAUGCGAAGAAGGAUCCAACAACUGUUGAAGCACCUACAGCUGAACCAGAAGAAAAGCUGGACCAAGAAGUGGCCACUGUAAUUGAGGAGGUGGAGGAAGAAGCCAAAGAUAAGUUUUAUUUAGAACCAUCAGUUGAAGCUGAAGAAAAGGAACUGAAGGACAAAUCUGAUGCACUUGUCACUCCUGAGCCACUGAAUGAACCAGUAGAUCAACCAACAGAGAUUUCGGAACCAUCUGUUGCAGAAGAACCAGUCGAAACACCGAAAGAAAAUGCUCAUUCAGAAACUGUGACUGAAGAAUCAACGAGUGCUGAAGAAUCUUCUGAAGUUUCUGCUGCAGUUAGUCCUCCAUCACUAACAGAUGACAAGCCCGUCGAAUCACCAACUCUAUGCAAUGUCCAAGAGCCUGCUCCUAAUGCAACUGUAGCACUCAAUGCUGUUGAAGCAGCAGCAGACAGAGAGACUGCAUGUGAUGGGGUUGCGGUCAGUCCUGAAUCAUCAAAACAACUUCCUCCAAUUGAAACUAUUGAAUCGGAAAGCUCAGAUGCAGUUACUGUGGUUCCUUCUGUGAAUGAGCUCAUAGAAUCCACUGAAAGGACAGAUGAUGAUCGUAAUGCUGAUUCGGAUACUAGGAAAUUAGCAGGAGAAGAGCUUGUGCCUGAAGUUGAAGUUGCUGAACGUAACGCAGAGCCAGUAGUUGAUGUUAAGCAGGAGCAAGAAAACACUAUGGAUGUUGAGGCAACAGCUUUAAGCAAAACAAAUCAAUCAGUAGAGGUUUCUGAAGAUGUCAAAGUGAUUGUUGAGACAAAGAAUGAAAAUUUGGAAGGUGAAGACUUGAGCUUGGAUACUAUAAAAUCAGCAGAAGAGAUUGUGCCUGAAGUUGAAGAUGCUGAACGUAACACAGAGCUUGAAGUUGAAGUUGCUGAACCCAUCACACAGCCUGUCGUUGAUGUUAAGCAGGAGCAAGAAAACACUAAGGAUGUUGAGGCUACAGAUUUAAGCAAAAUAAAUCAAACAGUAAAUGCUUCUGAAGAUUUCAAAGUGAUCAGUGAGACAAAGAAUGAGAAUUUGGAAGGUGAAGACUUGAGCUUGGAUGCUAAGAAAUCAGCAAGAGAAGAGUUUGUGCCUGAAGUUGAAGUUGCUGAACAUACCGAAGGGCCAGUAGUUGAUAUUAAGCAGGAGCAAGAAAAAACUAUGGAUGUUGAGGCAACAGUUUUAAGCGAACCAAAUCUCAAAGUAAAUGCUUCUGAAGACGUCAAAGUGAUUGGCGAGAUGAAGAAUGAGAAUUCGGAAGGUGCAGACUUGAGAUUGGCUGAAACAUCUCGAGACAUCGACUUCGCUGGAGUCGAAAAUAAGGCAUCUGCUAAGAAUCAAGAAUGUGAUCCUAAAGACUCUGAGACAGCAGCAAAGCCAGUAGUCAAGCAGACCCUUUUGGAUAAAUUUGUAGAAGAGAGUACAGAAGACAAAGAGAAAGAGAGUGUCAAAGUUUAUGAUCAAAGUCUAGCUGCUUCCACUAAAGAUGAUGAUGGUGCUACAAAAACAGAUGGGGCUCCUAAAUCAGAAACACCUGCUAAGAAAUCACAACGAAACAUAAUAUCAAAGGUGAAGCAGUCGAUUGUCAAGGUGAAGAAGGCGAUCAUUGGGAGAUCGCCAAGUUCGAAGACCAUGGCAGCUGCUGAAGGAAUCGAAGACACAAAACAAAAGUAGAUGGAGACUGGAUGAACACGGUUGCAUGGCUUUGAGUGUAAUAUGUUCAUGUUUUCUGUUCUUGGUUGUUCUUUUGUGCUUCUGUGUUGUUUAAGCAUGUUCGGCAACCUGCCUCCCAGAAAUGUGCCUGAUAUUUGAUGGCCUGUCAUGAAGCUUGUGUAUCUCUGCUUCUGCAGCUAUCCAAAUCCGAGGGAGAACUCAUCGAAGCUGUUGGCCUCUGAUCAGUAGCUGGGAAGAGUUCUUUGUGGUUUCCAUUGGCUUCCUUGUCAUUGAUUUGUAAUAUUUUUGGAGGUGUUCAUAUUAUUUACAAGACAUUCUUUUGGUUGUGAUAUGCAUAAUCUUCUUCUA